AUGAAUCCAGAAGCGGAGGAAUUUGUACCGAAGGGGAACCGCACACCAGGAUCCGGUGGUCGGCGUGGAAACGGUGGUGGCUCCCGGCAGAUUCCGGUCCGCGGGGAACGUCAACAACCACCACCACCACCACCACCACCACAGCAGCAACAGCAGCAGGUGGCGCCGUCGUCACAGACAACACUUCGCGCGAGUGCAGAGCCAUUCCAGCCUAAGGGCUCCCAAGGAUUUGGGCUCGUUGGGCAAGUACUUCCAUAUGUUGCCGGCCCACCAGGCGGUGUCCCACAAGCGUGGGAGUCUGUGGAGCCAGUGCCUCCGCUUUCUGUGUGGAAGAGUGAUUCAGUGCAGCAAGCGGGCGCAAAACCGCUGUCACUUAGCGCCACACCCUAUACGCCUACUAACCCAAAGAUUUCGUCCAAGUUCCCAGCCACUCCUGAGGCUCAGCGGGGCCCUUCAACAGAGUUUAAGGACACGACACCAGCGUCACUUCAGCCUCAGGAAAAGGAAGUGGUAGAGGUAGGUGAAAAGGCUGUGGCUAUAGCCUCGCCCCCGGAGGAAGAUGCUGUUGCCGCCAAUGGUGGCUCUGUUGAUGCCAGCGGCGCACCAUCAACGCAGAACUUCACCGUAGGUGAGAUAGUGGAGAACGACUUUAGCGGAUCGAUGCUUCCCAGUUUGUUUCAGGUAGAGGUGCUAGACAAGCCGGCCCCUGCCGAGCCUGUUCGGUUUAAUACAGUGUGGGCCCUCUAUGCCGACGAGCAUCCAACACCGUUUGGAGCUCCGUUAGCGUAUCACCCGGUUCUCGUCCACCUUGUUGGGGAUGUUGAGUGCUUCUGGCGCCUGUGGAGGCACCUGCCCCCUCCAUCCACGUUGCUGCCCGCCUUCACAUAUCACUGGUUCCGUCGGGACAUUAGGCCGAACUGGGAGCACACCCGUAAUAAGAAUGGUGGAACAAUCACCUUCGUAAUAUUUGACAGAGACAAGCCGGGUUUGAAUAACAAGCAGACAAUGGAUGAUGCUUUCAUGGCGAUGCUCAUGGCAUGCAGUGGGGAAUCUUUGGCGGAGAGUACAACGAACCUCAACGGCGUGAUGCUCAAGGUGCGACAGAACAAACCCACAACGCUGCAGAUUUGGACAGCCAGCUCAGAUGAGUUGAAGCUCAGGUCCUUAGCCCGUAGUCUGAGGACUUUAUUAGAAAAGGUUAUUGGGCCCAAGCCACUGCAAAAGCUAGAAUAUUUCUCGCAUCAAAGGACGCAGGUUGGUGCCCCCGGUAGUCUGGCCGGAAGGAUGAAAGGAAAACCGUCGAGGAUAACACCCGACUUCACGCUUUAG